AUGACCCCUCCCACUACUACCGCUUGCUAUCUGUGCACGGAGAUUCUGACCGACGGUGAUAGCGAAAUCCAAGUGUUUUGUUCAGUAUGUAAACGCCGCAGUCAUGCUAGGUGUGCUCGAUCUUCGUCAGGAUGGCCCGUCGACGUUUCAUCGACGCCGUUCGUUUGGACAUGUGAUGAUUGUAAAAGCUGUUCUCGUUCAUCCCUGCAGAUUAACAAUGAUCAUUUUCGAGCCAUUAUGGACCAAUUCGCAAUUUUAUCUAAUUCAAUGGCUACUUGUAACAAUAGAAUUGAGGAUCUCAGCGCCACUCUGUCUGCCCAAUCAUUAACCUUAGCCAGCUGCCUUGAAGACAUAUCUUCUCUACAUUCCGAGAACCGAGAACUUCGUGGUGAAAUCACGGCAUUAGAAGACAAACUCAAUAACCAAUUCCAUCUGUCAUCCGAGGAAGUCGUGAUCGAGAGCUCUGAAAGAAUUAAACGCGAGAAGAAUGUUCUGAUUAUGGGAAUUCCUGAAAAUACUGCAUCUGAGGAUCUUGGCUAUGCCAAAAAUUUGCUUCUCCAUAUCGCACCUGAUUCCGCAGAACAAAUUGUGUCUGGGAUUCGACUAGGCAAAAUAAUAGAGUUGAAUAAACCCCGCCCCUUUCGUUUAACUUUCAGUUCAUCCGAGGUCGCUCUUGAAGUUUUACGAAACAAAUCGAACAUCACUCGUAACACACACCCUUCAAUCACGAUAAAAUCCGAUAUGACACCGAAUCAACUUCAACACCUCAAAAACCUACGUGAAGAACUAGAACUGAGGUCGCAAGUUGAAAAUAACCUUACAAUUAAUACGUGA